AAGAUCUACCAUAAUUUCUAUUAACAGAUUGCAAUCAAUGUUUUUUUGUAAUACUAAUCGCAGGAUGCUAAACACCUGUACAUGGUCAUGGACUAUAUGCCGGGUGGAGAUAUAGUCAACCUUAUGUCGAACUAUGAUAUACCAGAGACCUGGGCGAAAUUCUAUACGAUGGAAGUCGUUCUCGCUCUAGACGUUAUCCAUUCAAUGGGAUUCGUGCACAGGGACGUCAAACCGGAUAAUAUGUUACUGGAUAAAUAUGGACAUUUGAAGCUGGCCGAUUUCGGUACCUGUAUGAGGAUGGACGAGGACGGUUUGGUUAGGUCGAAUAAUGUUGUUGGAACUCCCGAUUAUAUAUCGCCCGAGGUGCUACAGAGUCAUGGAAAAGGUAUCUAUGGAAGGGAGUGUGAUUGGUGGUCAGUUGGUAUUUUUGUCUAUGAAAUGUUAGUCGGCGAAACGCCCUUCUACGCUGACAGCUUAUUAGGAACAUACAACAAAAUUAUGUACCACGAAAAUAACCUGUCAUUCCCAGAGGAAGUCGAGAUCUCGAAUGAAGCAAAGUCACUCAUACAAGGUUUACUAUGUGAUAGAAAUAAACGUCUAGGUAGAAAUAGCGUAGGAGAAAUUAAAUCGCAUCCGUUUUUCAUCAACAAUGAAAACUGGACAUUCGAAAAUUUACGGGAAAUGGCUCCGCCCGUUGUGCCCGAACUGACAGGUGAUGACGACACUAGCAACUUUGACGAUUACGAGAAAGACGAGACUCCAGAAGAAGUGUUCCCAGUGCCAAACUCAUUCGUUGGAAACCAUUUACCAUUCAUAGGAUUCACUUAUAAUUCAGAUUACAAACUGUUGUCCACUGACUCGGUCGAUAGCAGGUUAAAUAGUGUCACGAACGAUAGCAAAAACUCGAAUGCUCAAGUCACUAGGCUAGAAUCACUCUUGGAACAAGAGAAGCUUAAUGUAGAUACGUUAGAAAAUAAACAACGAUCAUUAUUAGCUCAACUAGAAACGAUAGCUCAAAGAGAAACUGACGUUAGAGAAGAGAUGACAAAGUAUGAGAAGGAAUUGAUGAUACUUAGGCAUAAUUAUAAGGAAGUGCAACGAAAGGCCGAAUACGAAAUUGAUCUUAGGAAAAAUACUGAGAAAUAUCUUUCAGAAUUGAAAAAAAGGUUCGAUGAAGAGCAAAGUAAAAGGAUGAGAGAGUUGAACAAUAGUCAGCAACACAACGAUAAGAUUCAGGUGCUCGAGAAACAGGUAAAUGACAUGCAGGAGAAGUUGAAGACUGAAACGGAGAACUGCCAGAAAUUGAGAAAACAGGCCAACGAGCUGAGGAUAGAAAAAUCAAAUUCGGAGGAUAAGCUCACAGAAUAUCAGUCUAUGCUUCAGUCAUUGCAGAAUCAAAGAGAUGGAUUGCAAAUUGAGGUGGCCUCACUACAAGAUCAGCUGUCACAAGAGAAGAAAUCAAGAGCACAAGCUUUUGAUCAGCAACUAGUGCUAGAAAACAAGUACCAGUGUCUGACUGCUGAAAUGGACAGAGUGCGGCAGAAGGAAAUGAAGACGUCUGCCGACAACACACAGUUGACCGAGAAGAUAUCUUCCUUAGAAAAAGAAUGUGCUAGUCUCGACUUGGAAUUGAAGGCUGUGAAAAAUAGGUACCAUCAAGAAGUGAAAGCUCACGAGGAGACGGAAAAAAGCAGGGUGUUGAACAAAGAGGAAGCCAAUUUAGAAGUGGUUAAAGCGUUACAGAGUAAACUCAAUGAUGAAAAAAACGCUCGACAAAAAGCCGACCUCAGCUACCAGGAAAAAGAGCGGCAAAUUUCGAUGCUGAACGUCGAUUAUCGGCAGAUCCAACAGAGGCUGCAAAAAUUGGAGGGGGAGUAUCGACAGGAAGUGGAGAAAGUCAAAGCGUUGCACAGUCAACUGGAGCAGGAGCAACAGAAGAAGACGAUACUGCAAUCGGAAAUGACCCACGAAGCGGCCGAAUUGGCGAAAUCUAGGGCGAAGGAAUCUCAACUUGCGCUGGAGUUAUCUCAUUUGCAGGACAUCAAGAAAACUAUAGAAGAAGAACUCUUGAGGGUGAGAAGCAAUUGGCAGAGAGAUCAACUUCAAAUGAAAGAGCUCCAGGAAAACUUAGAAACCGAACAGUAUUUCACAACAUUAUAUAAAACUCAGACGACCGAAAUGAAAGAGGAAAUAGACGAGAAGAACAGGAUCAAUAAGGAAUUCGAGGAGGAAAGGGCUUCUCUCAAACACCAGUGCCAGUUGGCUCUAGCCAGAGCCGAUUCGGAAGCCUUGGCUAGGUCUAUUGCCGAAGAAACGGUGGCCGAUUUGGAGAAGGAAAAAACGAUGAAGGAAUUGGAACUUAAGGAUUUGUUGGCUAAACAUAGGAGCGAAGUGAAUAGUAAAGAACUGGUGAUAAAUAAUUUGAAAGACAGAGAAUCAGAGUUGAAGAAAUCGAAUGAACAGAUGCAGAAGGAUAAAGAUGAUCUGAUUAGGCAACUGAAUACAAUUCAGGAUGAGUUCAGUAGAAAAAUCAGUAAUAAUGAAGAUUAUGAAAAAAUGGUGAUAAAAUUGAAUACAGAAAGUCUCCUCAAACAGCAAGCCGUCAACAAAUUGCAUGAAAUCAUGAACAGAAAGGACUUAAGAGAGACUGGGAAAGGCAGAUCGAAAGUGUCCAGUAAUGAUCUGAGGAGGAAGGAAAAGGAUUUGAAGAAGUUGCAACAAGAGUUGAGCCUCGAGAAAGAGAAAUACAACCAGAUGAUCGCUACUUAUCAGAAGAAUAUUCAGGAAGUGAAUGCGCAACUGAACGAGGAGGUGGCCGCUAGGCAUCGCCUCCAGAUGGAGGUCGACAGCAAGGACGCCGACCUCGAGCAGCUCCAUCUCAAGCUGGCGGCCGUCAACAGCGAGACGGCGUCGCUGAGUUCGGCCGACGACGGCGGCGGCGACGAGAUCGACGCCGUGUUCGAGGGAUGGCUGUCGAUACCGUUCAAGCAGAACAUCCGGAGGCACGGCUGGAAGAGGCGGUACGUCGUCGUGUCCAGCAGGAAGAUUAUUUUUUAUAAUUCCGAUAGCGACAAGCUGAAUUCGGAUCCGGUGAUCGUUUUGGAUCUCAGCAAGGUGUUCCACGUGCGCUCGGUGACCCAAGGUGACGUCAUCCGCGCCGACUCGAAGGACAUCCCGCGCAUCUUCCAGCUGCUGUACGCCGGCGAGGGGGAGGCGCGCAAAACGGACGAACCGGCCAACCCCACCGACCUCAGCCAAUCGAUGCGCAGCCUCGAGGACAAGCAGGCGGGCGGGGCGGUAUCGCACAAGGGGCACGAGUUCCUGCACAUCUCCUAUCACAUGCCGACCACGUGCGAGGUGUGCCCGAAGCCGAUGUGGCAUAUGUUCAGGCCGCCGCCGGCGCUCGAGUGCAGGAGAUGUAGGAUAAAAGUACACAAAGAUCACUUAGAGAGAAAAGAGGACACCGUCCCACCAUGUAAAUUGCACUAUGAUCCUUCUUACGCCAAAGAAUUGCUGUUACUGGCUUCCUCACAUGAUGAGCAAAAGCAAUGGGUAUCAAGGUUGAGCCGAAAGAUACAGAAAUGCGGCUUCAAAGCCAACAACUCCAAUGCCAUAGAGUCUUCUUCAUCCAAAAUAUCGCCCAGGGAAUCGACUCGCUCUAACCUGAAGCCAUACUUGAAUGCCCAUCAACGAUCUGCUACCCUUCCCGCUAACUCUUCCAUGAGCGGAAAAUGACACAAUAUUGUGACGUAAUUCGAGCAACAUUUCUUCUCGCAGAAUGCGCUUUCUCUCAUCACUAAUUUAUUUGAUACAAUCUGUGAUAUUUGUUUCUCGUCGCAAGCUUGUAUCAAAAUGACGUUGAAUUAUUGUUGGAUAUUUUGAAAGUCUAUUUCAAUAAGGCACCAUACAGUCAAACGAUAUUCAAGUCUCAUAAAAACUAUAGGUUUUUAGGCAGUAAGUCAGUAACUAGAAUUAACUACAAGAAAAAAGUGAGAAAGGAAGAUAUCCUGAUAAAUACUUAUUAUAUGAAAGAAGUGCACAAAAUUCGAAAAUUGGUGGGUAGCCAAUAUGUCGAAUUGCUCAUUUAUUGACAAAACAAUUUUUGUAGUGUCCCUUCAGGUUUUACCGGAAAUGACUCCAAAAUUAAAUGGGAUAGAGAAUUUCAUAAUCGGUUAGGGAUUAUCAUGACGAAUUCAACGUUACCGGGUAUGAUAGGGUAAUUUCAAACAAUCACGAUGAUAUUUGCGUUCGAAAUUCCAUAUGCUCAAUGGGUGUGACUUCACAAUCUCGAAACUUCUUUCUCUGUCACACUCAUUGAGCAUAUCGGAACUUAGAAUGCGAAUAUCUUCGCAAUCCUUUGAAAUAACGAUAUGGAAUGAAAGUUGGGGUCGUGUCCGGUGAAACCGGAAGUGUUAGAACAAAAAUGGUUCUGUCAAUUAAUGAGCAAUUUGAUAUACUUGCUACCCACCAAUUUUCGAAAUCCGAUCGCGAAUGGUUCAGAAGCUACAGCACUGACCGUUUUUUGUGCACUUCUCUGUAGAGGAUGUCCAUAAACUUUACUGUUAUAGCAAAAAUCGAAUUCUAGUUGUUAAUUUAUGUUGAUUUAGCAUAAAUCACCUCAUUCAAAUUGCUUCCUAAAGAAGAUUAGCCUUUUGAAGAUUGACACCUUGUCAUUUCAUCAUGCACUAAGAAAUGCUCUAUUCAUUAAUCUGUGUCCGUUGUAAUUAUCGUCAACGGAUAUAAAACAAUUUUAGAAAUUCAUAGUUCCCAUUUAUCAGGAGACUUUUGAGACAUUCUUGAUAUG